AUGUGUGGUCCUUGCUGGUCAAACAUGAGAGGGGAUCAGAAUGGUGGACGCACAAUGAAGACGAACCGCAGAAGAUAUCUCGUGGGUCUGCUUGCGCUCUCGGUACUCGCGUUGCUGGCAUUGCAAAAGUACGACAACCGACGCUGUGCGGAGAAGAGACCUGCGACAGGCUCGAGUGCCCGGCUGCAAUUGCAAUCCAAUGGGUCGGACUGUCAGAGAGCUUGUGGCAACGUCUCGAUCCCCUACCCCUUUGGACUUUCACCACAAUGCGCUUUCAGCUCGUACUUUGUGCUGGACUGCAGGACCGACCUGGGACCAAAUCUCAAGUCGAAUUUACCAGGUCCGUGGCCGGUUCUAACUCACAUAGCGGCCACAUCCACUCUCGGACAACGUUUCAGCAAUGGCACCAUAACAAAUGGACUUUUCGAGGUGAAUUUUCUGCCAGUAACGCAAAUACAAUCUAACUUCAUCCUCAUAGAUACGACGAAUAUCAAAGCGAUGGGCUGCGAGGAGUCGGUCACUGCCAGCCUUACUCUGGACACGCAAAGCCCCUACAUGAUUUCUGAGCGGAACGUCUUCAUCGUCGUAUCUUGCCGUGCUCAAGGAUCGGCUGAGGGUGAUGGUACUCCUUGGAGUGAAGGUUUCAGCACGACGUGCGGUCCAGUUUCGUGUGUCAACCAGUUCGUGAUGCCGUACUGUGGCUUCUAUGACUGCUGCAUUCAGACCAUUGGAUUGACCAAGACAGUAUCGAUGACAGGGCUAGGAAUUACGUUCGCGCAGUUUACAAAUUGUGGCUACUCCACCGUUUUGUAUCCAGAUUCGUUUGUUGCAAGAGGGGAAGGAGUUGGUGGCGGAUACUACGGAGUCCAUGUGUAUUACUUCCUCCAGAGGGGGCCGGAUAAUCAAAACUGCUCUGAAGCUGCAAAGGAUUCUGAGAAGUUUGAAUGCUCCAUGUCUGCAAAUUGCAGCAACUCUUUCUCCGGCUACUAUUGUCAUUGCAUUCUGGAGUGCUACACGGGAGAUGGUUAUAAAAAUGGCACUGGCUGUAAAGGCAAGUUGAGGCUGAUAAAUUUCUCGUGUCUCGAGGAUUGCGAUUUGUGCCCAUCUUAUAUCAACGAGUGUUUAGGGUCGAACAAUUGCUCCAGUAUUGCUACAUGCGUCAACACCAAUGGGAGCUAUUGGUGUAAAUGCCCUGACUUAAUGGAAGGCAAUGGUCUAGAUCCCCAGCUGGACUUUCGUGGCAACAAUUGCACUUGGAUCGACCAGUGUAAAAAUAAGACCAAAGUCUGCUCCCCAGAUGCUGAGUGUGCUUUCGACAUCAGCUCUGGCGAUUUAAAUUGCACUUGCCAAGGUGGAACUAUCGGAGACGGGCGCGUAAACGGAACUGGUGUGAGUGUCGGUAGUGUGGUAGCGUUCAUCAUCAUCAACAGCAUCCUAUUGUGGUAUUUCUUUCGGAGGAGGCGGCUUGCGUUCGAUCCAGCAAUUUUCUCACAGCACGAGCUGCUGAAUGAGAUCGAGAACAAAGAGGGUGCCAAAUACUGCAAACUUUUCACCUUCAGCGAGCUUCGAGAGGCAACGAAAGACUUCUCGGUCGAGCUCGGAGCUGGAGGAUUCGGCACCGUAUUCGAAGGAACCCUGCGGGACGGAACCAAGGUAGCCAUCAAGAAGGCCAAACACGGAAUGGGCGAGACACGAAACGAGGCGAAACAGUUCGUCAAUGAAAUUGUCAUUCUGUCGCAAUUGAAUCACCGGAAUCUCGUGAACUUGCUGGGAUGCUGCUUGGAGACACGGGUACCCGUCCUGGUAUACGAAUUCGUCUCUAAUGGCAAUCUGCACGAACAGAUCCAAAUGAAACGCCAAACGGAAGCUCAGAGGUCCUCUGAGGCAUUGGUUGACGAAAAUAGCUACUUCUGUCAUCCACCCCUAAAUUGGACUUUACGUUUGAAGAUUGCAAUUGAGGCAGCGGAGGCAUUAGCAUAUCUCCACUGGGGAACAUCUCCACCUGUUUACCAUCGAGAUGUCAAGUGCGCCAAUAUUCUUCUGGAUGACACGUACAACGUAAAAGUCGCUGAUUUUGGUUUGUCAAAACUCGUCCCCCUCGAGGACACAGAUGCAUAUGCGGUCCCAACUGCAAUACAAGGUACGAGCUACUGUGACCGCUGUUAUGAGUCUCUCGAUCUACAAUUUUCCUUACUAAAUGUACUCAGUUUAUAACGGAUGAACAGAUGU